UUUCUCCGUGUGUCUCUCUCUGAGGAAAAAAAAAGGGCUAACAAAAAGACUCUCUCGUCUUUCAUCUGCACACCAUCGUCGUUUAAUCCCAAUCGCUUUGUCGUUUUACUCUCUAAAUCGGAAGUUACCACCCGCCGCGGACGUCCCGGCGAAUCUCUCCGCCGCCGCUCCAUCAUUCGAAUCUCGCUCGCGAUUCCUCCAACACCAAUCGAUUCCCUUCUUCUUUUUCUUUUGUUUCUUUUCCUUUGAUAUUCGAAGACGGCGAUUCCGUUUCCGGCGUGUCCUUAUCGGAGGAGGAGUGCGCACGAUUAUUAACCUGCGCACUGUCGCUCGUCGCGGUUCCUUCCGCUCGAACCAAAUUGCCGGAACUCCCUUCCGCUCUACCAGGUGGAAAGGUUUUGUGGAGUCAGAAGAUAACUGAAGGAGCACGUGAUAUUCUUUUUUUAUUAUGAUUAAUCACACUUACAGUAAGGAGACAGGAGUAAAGAUAAUUGUAGGUUAGUCAUAUGUUAUAGGAUGGCUUUCUUCAGGAACUUUACAAAUGAUACAGUCUCACAUGGUGUCAUGGAAGAUAAAAGCCAAGGACAGAAUGCAAAUAGAACUCAUAGAUCAGUAGGUAAUGAGUGUAUUGAUGCAACUUCUAGCGAGAAAGAAUUUGAUAUGAACAUGGAGGCACAGUAUGAGAGUGAAGGUGAACCAAAUGGUUCCGGGAGACUGCAAACUGAGGCAACAAUGGAUGACGAAGAUGCUGUGAAAGACUCAAACUUGCAGACUGCUGGUAGUAAAACAGCUACUAUGGGAAGGUGGGGUUCAACUUUUUGGAAGGACUGUGGGCAAAUGGGCCCUCAAAGUGGUCUGAAUCUGAGUAGAAAUCAAAAAGUGGUUCAGAUUAUAGAAAUGCUGAUGGGUCUGAAGAUAAUUCAUUGGAUGGAAGAGCAGAAAGAUUAG